AGUGAUAUCUAGACAUAACUAAUUAACUGUGUCAACCAAAGAAGGAACAGACAUCUAUGUUAUGGGUCUGAAAAAGAGUCUCUCUCAUUGCUGGUGGCUCUUCUUCUUCGAUUUGAGCUCUCAAAUCCAAUAAUUUGGGUAAACAUGGCGAUUCUCUCAUUCCUUAGUAGAGCUUCAAGAACCUACAAAGGCUACCCUAAGCUUCUGGUCCUCUGUACUCUGAGUCUCAGUAGUGGAGGCCUUGUGGCUUACUCAGAAUCACAACCUGACACUAGAGCUCCUCAUGUUGACCCUAAUGAAAAGGAGCCCAAGAAAAAGAGAGUGGUGGUGCUUGGAACGGGAUGGGCUGGCACUAGUUUACUUAAGGACCUGGAUGCUUCAUUAUAUGAUAUUCAGGUUGUCUCACCCAGGAAUUAUUUCGCUUUUACCCCUUUGUUACCUAGUGUUACAUGUGGAACAGUUGAAGCUCGAAGCAUUGUGGAGCCAAUUCGAAAUAUUGUGAAGAAGAGAAAAGGAGAAGUUAAAAUUUGGGAGGCAGAAUGUGUCAAGAUUGAUGCUGCAAACAACAAAAUUCUCUGUAGGUCUAAUAUUGAGAACAACUUGGUGGGUAAUAGAGAAUUCUUUCUGGAAUAUGACUACUUGGUCAUUGGAGUAGGAGCACAAGUAAAUACUUUUAACACGCCUGGUGUCAAGGAAAAUUGCCACUUUCUGAAGGAAGUAGAGGAUGCUCAGAAGAUCCGAAGGAGUGUUAUAGAUUGCUUUGAAACGGCUAUCCUUCCUGGUCUUAGUGAAGAAGAGCAAAGAACAAAUCUUCAUUUUAUAAUUGUUGGAGGGGGCCCCACUGGUGUGGAAUUUGCAGCUGAAUUGCAUGACUUCUUGGAAGAAGAUUUAGUCAAAUUAUAUCCUGCGGUCAAAGAUCUAGUGAGAAUAACAGUGAUCCAAUCAGGAGAUCAUAUCUUGAACACAUUUGAUGAAAGAAUUAGUUCAUUUGCUGAGACGAAGUUUAGAAGAGAUGGCAUUGAAGUUCAAACAGGAUGCCGUGUUCUCAGUGUUUCUGAUAAGGAUAUUACAAUGAAGGUGAAGUCAAAGGAAGAGGUUUGCACCGUACCUCAUGGAUUAGUUGUGUGGUCUACUGGAAUUGCGACUCGUCCAGUUGUAAGGGACUUUAUGGAGCAAGUUGGGCAGGCUAAGAGACGAGUUCUUGAAACUGAUGAAUGGCUGCGAGUAAAGGGAUGUGAAAAUGUCUAUGCCAUUGGUGAUUGUGCUACAAUAGAUCAACGUAAAGUCAUGGAAGAUAUCUUGAGCAUAUUUGAAGCUGCAGACAAAGACAAUUCUGGUACCUUAACUGUUGAAGAAUUCAAAGAUGUGGUAGAUGACAUCCUCAUUAGGUACCCUCAAGUGGAUCACUAUCUAAAAAGCCAGCGGCACCUGAGGGAUGUGACAGAUCUGUUGAAAGAUCCCCAGGGGAAUGAUUGGCAGGAAGUGAAUGUUGAACAAUUUAAGUUAGCCCUUUCUCACGUGGAUUCGCAGAUGAAGAGUCUGCCCGCAACUGCACAGGUCGCUGCUCAACAGGGUGCAUAUCUUUCUAGGUGCUUUAAUCACAUAAUUCAGUGUGAAGAGAAUCCAGAGGGUCCUCGGCGUUUUAGAGGUUCUGGGCGUCAUCGGUUUCGUCCUUUUCAGUACAAGCAUUUUGGGCAAUUUGCUCCCUUAGGAGGAGAGCAGGCAGCUGCAGAGCUACCUGGAGACUGGGUUUCAAUAGGUCACAGCACUCAGUGGCUUUGGUAUUCUGUAUAUGCAAGCAAGCAAGUGAGCUGGCGUACAAGGAUACUAGUUGUAUCUGAUUGGACAAGAAGAUUCAUUUUUGGGAGAGAUUCAAGCCGAAUUUGAGACAACAUUUGGGAGGCCCUUAAAUUAUCGAGUUGUAUUGGUUCUUGCAAAGUCAGUCUUUGCACCUAUGAAGCUAUCACAUUAUUGUCUAUUAUUUUUCUGUAAUUUUUGUUCCCAUUAUAUUUGUGAUAGAUUUACUUUAUCCUUCUUGAUAAAUGAACACUUCCACAAAAUGUUUAAAUUUUCA